AACGAGGCGGGUCUGCUUUUGCUGACAGCGGUCGCGCAUAAACGGGAAAGAUUCCUCGUGGAAAUCGCAAGGUGAUACCUGGUAUUGUACGGGGAUUUCCUCUGCUGAACCAUAAGCGUCGUCUAGCGUCUGGUAUCGCCGAUUGGAUUCAGAUUUAAGCGUUUGUUGCAGAAUAAUUUAUUUAAGUAGUCGAAGAACAAAUGGGGGAUGGAAGGGGCGGCAAUUCGGGCAGCAACAAGCCGGAGUGGCUGGAGCAAUACGAUGUGAUUGGGAAAAUCGGGGAAGGAACGUAUGGGUUGGUGUUCUUAGCCAAGAUUAAGUCGAAUCGCUCCAAAUCCAUAGCCAUCAAGAAGUUCAAGCAGUCGAAAGAUGGCGACGGCGUUUCUCCGACCGCCAUCCGUGAGAUCAUGCUGCUUCGAGAGAUUUCCCAUGAGAAUGUUGUAAAGCUUGCAAAUGUUCACAUCAAUCAUGUGGACAUGUCGCUUUAUCUGGCUUUUGACUAUGCAGAGCAUGAUCUUUAUGAAAUCAUCAGGCAUCACCGUGACAAGGUCAACCAACCAAUCAAUCCAUUCACAAUUAAGUCUAUCUUGUGGCAGCUUCUCAAUGGGCUAAACUAUCUUCACAGUAACUGGAUUGUGCAUAGAGAUCUGAAACCAUCAAAUAUUUUGGUAAUGGGUGAUGGUGAAGAACAAGGAGUUGUAAAGAUAGCUGACUUUGGGCUCGCUAGAAUAUAUCAAGCCCCCCUAAAGCCGCUAUUUGAAAAUGGAGUUGUUGUUACAAUAUGGUAUCGAGCGCCUGAGUUACUCCUUGGAGCAAAACAUUAUACAAGUGCUGUUGACACAUGGGCUGUGGGGUGCAUUUUUGCUGAGCUUCUAACCUUAAAGCCACUAUUUCAAGGGCAAGAAGUUAAAGGGACUCCUAAUCCUUUUCAGCUCGAUCAACUUGACAAAAUUUUUAGGGUCCUAGGUCAUCCCACUCCAGAAAAGUGGCCUACACUUGUGAAUCUUCCUCACUGGCAGGCUGACGUUCAACAUAUCCAAGGGCUUAAAUAUGACAAUGUUGGACUUCACAAUGUAGUUCACUUAUCUACCAAAAAUCCAGCAUUUGACCUUCUCUCCAAGAUGCUUGAGUAUGAUCCUAAAAAAAGAAUAACUGCUGCACAAGCUCUUGAACAUGAGUAUUUUCGGAUGGAACCUUUGCCAGGACGCAAUUCACUGGUCUCACCUCAACCUGGAGAGAAACUUGUGGGAUACCCAACUCGACCCGUGGAUACAAGUACUGAUAUUGAAGGAACAAUUAGCCUGCAGCCUUCUCAAGCGGUAUCAUCUGGAAAUUCUAUGUCUGGGAACAUGCAGGGUGCUCAUGUGAUGCAAAAUAGAUCCAUGUCCCGACCAAUGUCCAUGGCUAGCAUGCAGCGUAUGCCACCUCCUGGAAUCCCGGCCUAUGGUCUUGCUUCUCAGGCAGGUAUGGGUGGGGUAAAUCCCAGUGGCAUGGCAAUGCAACGGGGAGUUGCCGCGCAGGCUCAUCAACAGCAGCAACAGCAGCAGAUGAGACGGAAAGACCCUGGAAUGGGGAUGCCUGGGUACCCGCCACCACAGAAGUCUAGGCGUUUCUAAGGUGAUAUAUAUUAUAUAGACUUUAUUUGCUCUCUAAAAUUAAAGCCCUCUUAUAUCAGAAGAGUCUACUGCCUUUAUGGAAGCUACAUUGCUAGUGCCUCGGCGCAUACUUGAAUAUAUUGUUAAUGUAUGCUGUCUGUAUUGGUCUUGAUAUUUAAGCUACCUUCGGGCGCAUCUCAUCCAAACAUAUGUACUGUUGGUACUUUAUAUCUAUGUGGAAGAUGUGUUGAUAAUAAUGUUGGCAAAAAAUGUAGAACAUGUUGUGUAUGGCAUUGGCAGGCAUUUUGUCUAAGUACAGGCCUUAGUUUGAUAGUGUUUGGCUACCAAUGGCCAUGGCAAUGGCAAGGAAGGAUUCCUUUCCUUAACUGAUGGGGAAAAGCCGAAGAA